AUGAAACCCCUCUACCACCACAUGACACCACCCACCACCAUCAUUGUCACCAUAACUACCACCACCAACGCUAUAACUACUAACCACCAUCUCUACCAUCAUCACCACCACCAUCUACUACUUCCGCCACCACCCACCACAACACCAACAAUAUAUGCACCUCCACCUCCGACACCACCCACCGCUAUUGCCACCACUACGAACCACCACCCACCAACUCCGCCUACCACCCACCACCACCUCUGUCACCACCACCCAUUACCUUCGCUACCACCCACUAGCACUGUUCCCGCCACCAUCUCCACCAUUUCCAUUACCUCUGCCACCACCACCUUCACCAUCAUUGUUGCCACACCCACUUUCACUAAAACUGUCACCACCACCAAAACAUCCAUCACCAUCGCCAUGACCAUCUACCACCUUUUCCACCACCGACAACACCACUAG